AUGGAUUACAAAGAUGAAAUUGAACAAAUUCCCAAAGAACGUGAUCCAAAUGAAAAGGAUCCAAAUCAAUCAAUAUUCGAGUCAUCAAAGUUCAUCAAAGUCAAUUUUGAUCCAGAUCAGCUUUAUUAUGAUUUUAAAUCUGCCUAUAAUUCAGAAAAUAUAGAUUUGAUCAAAGAUAUGCUCGAAAAAAUGCAAAGAUAUACAGAGAACAACAUGUGGCUAUAUCAUAAUUCGUUUGAUGAAUACCAAAUUCCGUUAGUUCUAAUUGAUUUAGGAUUUGAAAAGUUCAAAAUGAUAGAUUUAAGAAUAAACACACUAGCACUUCAAGUUAUUGCACAGUUUAUGGAUCCUGUUUCAUGUGGUCACACAGAAUACUUUUUAAAUUACGGAAUCAUCGAUGCUAUUAACAAAUUUAUUACUGUAGAUGGUUUUCCUAUACAAUAUGUUCUCGAAAUCAUGAUUGGAAUUGUAAAUUAUUCAGAAGAAGCGAUUGACCAAUUAUUUUCUACUGUUGGUAUAGAUGUUAUCAUAGAUUUAUACAUGACAUCGGAUGCAGGUCUUUAUUGUGCAAAAUUACUGUAUUUAUUUAAAGUUGUAAAUUUUGAAAAUUGUGACGACUCCAUUUUCGAAAGUGUACUUAAUGUUUGUCAAGAAUUCUUAGUUCGUAACUAUUCCAAGGCAAAUCUUGACGAAAUUGCAAAUCCAGGACAAUUUGUCCCAAUUCAUUUCACAGAUAUUCUUUUUGAUACACUAACACAACUCUGUACGUCAUUAGAACGCUAUAACAUUAUCAGAAGGAUAUAUUACAUCUCAGAAAUUUUAAAUGCUUGCAUACCUCAUGCAGAAUACAAAACUGCGAUCGCUGCUUUGCGUCUUUUAUCUAAGUUUUCAUUGCAUUUCACAGAUAUGCCAUCAAUCUUUCCAAUUGAUUACAGAGCAAUUAUUGGAUUGUAUGAGUCCACAAAUAUACCUUCCAGUUUGUCAGAACAGAUAUUACAUACCAUAUAUGACAUGGUUGCUUGCUCAGAACAGUCAUUUAUCUUCAUGACUCAGUCUUAUAACAUAAUUCCAGUUUUAAUCGCUUCUUAUAAGACCAAACGAUACACCGAAAAAGCGCUUAUCUUUGAUAUAUGCGUAGAAUGCAUUAGACAUGGAUCAGAAACGUUAAAAGCUAGAUUUAUGUCAAAUGGAAUUAUUGAACCACUUGUCGGAGCACUUACAGUUGUAGAUGAUGAGAAAAGAGUUACUGAUGCAUGCUAUGCAAUUCAUUACCUUCCUAAUGAUAUAAAAUCUCCAGAAGGACUUAAUAUUAAAUAUUAUUCGUUACUUGCGUUGAAUGCUCCAGAAUUAGUAAUAGAUUUACUUAAUGAUGAUAAUUUAGAAGAUUCUACUUACGAAGCUGUUGAAAUGCUUGCUUCUGAUCCAAUAAUGAAAUUUUUGAUUGACAAUGACUGUCCAACUGACCCAGAAGAUGAAUAA